AUGGUGACACCUGGAAGUGGCGGCAGAGUCGUGCAUCGUGCCUCCUUGCUGCGUGAAUUGCUUGCGCCACUACCCGAUGACAUCCUCCACGCGAACAAAGAACUAGAUACAGUAAACGAGAAGAAUGGCCAAAUUGAGCUAAACUUUAAAGGCGGAUCAUCAUAUUUCUUUGACGGGGUUGUCGGUGCGGAUGGCAUUUUUGGAGUUGUUCGAAACCACGUUCUCCAAGACUCGGCAGCCGAGUGCGCCGCGUCACCCGCCGGAUUCUGGGAUUACAGAAACUUGGUCUCUAUGGAAAAAGCGAAAGAACACCUGGGUGCUGAGUACUUCAAAGUCCCGAUACAGUACGGAUGGUGUGGUGAUGGAGGUUUCAUUAUGCAUGAUAUCCUGAACGGAACCAUGGUGCCGUGCGUCAUGUCGGGUGUCGAGGAGAAUCCUUCUCAAGAGCGCAAACAGCCCCUCACAAGAGACUUUUUAACAAGUACAUUUGGGAGCUGGCUAGAUGGACCGAUUGCCGAGGUUAUUAUUGCAACAAGACGACCCGCAUCGCUACUCGCAAUGGGAGCAUAA